GACUAUGAGUUUCCCUAAUAUCAGAGACCUCUUGACAUCAUUUAGUCCUUCAUUGGAUUUUUUCGCUAUCAGCUCAGGAGAUGGUCGAAUUAAGAUUUGGGACACUUUGAAGGGUCAGGUCCAGACCGAGUUUGUGGACAUCACAUCUACCAAUCCUGGAGAUUUAUACACAAAACCAGAAAGAGGGCACCUUUCAGUUGACUACAAGUGCAUGAAAUGGUUACCUUUGGAGAAAAAGAGGAAAAAGGAGGUUGGAUUAUCAUUUUUAGUUCUAGGAACUGGUAGUGGUGAUGUUUUAGCGUUGGAUGUGUCAGCUGGUCAAUUAAAGUGGAGAGUCAGUGACUGCCAUCCUGGAGGUGUCAAUGCCAUUGCCUCUUCACACGCUUUGCACAUUUAUACUGCGGGUGCUGAUGGUAUGGUUUGCCAAAUCGAUUCCAUGACAGGAAACCUGUUAGGGAAGUUUAGAGCUUCAACAAAUGCAAUAUCCUCCAUUUCCGUUGCACCUGACGGGAAGACAUUAGCAGCUGCAGCUGGUCAGUUGAAGAUUUUCGAUUCUGCGGAUAAUAAAAGAGUACAGAAGUUUUCAGGCCAUCCUGGAGCUGUUCGUUGCAUGAUUUUCACUGAAGAUGGGAAGUAUAUCCUCUCUUCUGCUGUUGGCGAAAGAUAUAUUGCAGUCUGGAGAGUAGAUGGUAGCAAAAAGAAGUCUGCUAGCGCUGUGCUUGCAAUGGAGCAUCCUGCUGUGUAUGUAGACUCUAAGUAUGGAGACAAUAAGGGAACAGAAGACGUCAGCUUAUAUGUUUUGGCCAUCUCAGAAGUUGGACUUUGUUAUUUUUGGUAUGGAAGAAGCGUUGAGGAAUUACACAAUGUCAAGCCCACAAAAAUCUCAUUAUCUAUUGACAGUCAGCUCUCAAAGAAUCACAGGGGUGUAUUACCUACAAUAUUUGCUGCAAAAUUACAAUGCAUUGUCAAACCAUCCUCUGGUCAAGUGCUUGCUGCAUAUGGUUCAUUAGUAAAGCCAUCAUUUGAGAGAAUAACAGUGCAGCAUGGUCAGGACGUAACGUUGAAUACCUCCCAGAAUGGAGUUCUUCUACCAUUAGUUCAGUCUAACAAAUCUAAGAAAGGGAUGGAUGUGCAAACUGAAGUCACUGCUUUAGACCGAUCAAAUGCUGAAGAUGCUUUGCUUCCGGUCCCAAAGGUUUAUGAAUUUCGUGAUAAAAAGAGAAAAGAGAAGCACUCAAGUAGAGAUCGUGAUCGAUUGUUGGCUGAUGAUUUGGUUGACAUACAGAGGGAAGUAAAGCUGGUGGAUAGCAAAGAUGACCAGGUAAUGGUUGAAGUGGAUACUACUACAAUAUGCAUGGAGGAUCGCCUUAGAUCAUUAGGAGUUCUCACUAGUGAGGAAGAUCUUACUAGAGAUAGUUACCCACUGAAUGCCGACUCAACCAUGAAUUCUACUACAUUUAGUGAUGCUCACUUUGAAGCUCAAAUCUCACAAAAGAAGAUUAAGGCAUCUGUUUUGUCUAUGACUUCAGCUGAUGCAUACAAAUUGCUGACGUUUUUGGUCUCCAUGUGGAAAUCAAGGUCAGGCAGUGGAAAGUAUGUUCUUCCAUGGAUUUGUAGUAUAUUGGUGAAUCACAGUCGCUAUGUCAUAUCACAGGAACCAGCCAACCAAAUGCUUAAUUCCUUAUACAAGAUGGCGGAGUUCAGAAGUAUUGCUGUUCAACCUUUGUUACAGUUGUGUGGUCGUUUGCAACUUAUAACUGCACAGAUUGACAAGGCUGUGGAGACCAGGAGUCAAACAGUAUCAAAUGACAAGCAGUUGGAUGAAAGUGAAGAUGAAGAUGAAGAUGUCGAUGAAUUUGUCUAUGGGGAAGAAGAUGAAGAAUCUCAAAGUGGUAGUGAUGGUGAUAAUUAGAAGUAUCCAUUGUUUGAG